AUGGCACCCAAGAUCACACUCGCCGCUGCUGAGCUCGUAGGCACAAUGAUCGAAACUCUGAUCCUUGGGCCUUACCUUCUAGUCUUCUUGACCAAUGGCUACUUUACGAUUCGUCGCACAGAUCCUCAACGUCCACGAACCUUUGCUACGACACUGAGAACCAGCCUUGAUCCGGUGUGUAUUGCUUCCGCAGUUAUCUUCAUUUGCAUUAUAUCCCAUUGGGUUCUGAAUAUCACGAGAAUGUUCGACGCGUUUGUGCACGGUCAGGAUGGUAGUCCGGAUGCAUUCUACAGAAACACCUCGGACGGAAAGUACGUGGCAAAGAGUGCUCUGUACGGUCUCGAGGUUAUAUGUGCCGACUUCAUCUUGAUAUAUCGGUUAUAUGUCGUGUGGAGUCAUUCGUGGAAGAUAUGCGCACUCCCAGUCAUCGCCACUCUAACGACAUUAGGCAUGGGAGUGGCGAUAACGUAUCUGUUUAGUGCGGGAACCGUGGCAGGCAACCCGUUUGCGUCCAUACUCAAGCCUCUUAUCACAGGUUUCUUCUCCACUACACUGCUGUAA